AUGUCCCUGCGACGGGAGCGGCUUGACAGCGGGGAGUCGCUUCGUUUAAACCCGUCCCCGAAAUGUCAUUUCGGUAGCAGCGUGACAGGCUGUGAUCUUUACGCGGAGGCGGCGCCCCCCCCCCCCGCCUUGGCACGACUCCGCACGCCCCCGCGGACUCAGCCCUGUCGUGUCCCUGCCCCUGCCCCGGGCACCGCCGCGCCUCCUGCCGGGUCCCGCCCGCCCUGCGCGUCCAUCCCCGCAGGCAGGCUGUUCCGCACGGGAAGGACCCUGGCUAGCGCACGCAUACAGCCUACACGCCCUCCCUACACACGCGCGCCUGCCGGUCUCGUUGCCCUCCUCGUUGCCAUUGUGCUGCUGCAGCCCCCUCCUCCCCGCACCCCUCCCUCUCUUCUUCCCUCCCUCCCCGCCGCGGCUCGCCCUGCUCCGCGGUGCUCGGUGCGGGCAGCCCCGCGGCUGGCAGGGCACUGCGGGCAGCCCCUGCUGGCCGCCACAGAAGCGGGGGAGACUGACCCAAAAGUCACGAGGAACACCCUCCUCAAGCCCUGGGAGGUAAUCCCUCCCGAGCCUGCUCUGCCUGACGUGUGA